AGAAUCCCAUGCACCUUCUGCCCCUACGACAGAAUACAGACUGAGGCGCUGAACCAACAAGAUGCACAGCUUCCUCAAGGAUGGCGACCGUUCACCGCUUUUCGUCUUUCAUUAGCAUCCUAGCUAAAGAAAACGAGACGUGGGUGACGUAUCCGUGACGUCUUCGAUCCUGCUAUCUGCCUACGUCACGGAUCAUCUCGACCAACCCGCGGCUGGAAGUGAUCUCCUGGGCCAAUCAGCGACGUUUCCAGUAGUGACGUCAGGAUGGGUAAUCAAAACAGCGGUAGCGUGGCUCUUUCGCAGCCGCCACCGAAUUGGACGCAAAGCUUUCCUCGCGAAAAUAAGCGACUCAAGAAAUAUGGUGCUACAACGGAAAAUAAGGUGUUGCCAGAGAGAGUCCCAGGACAACGUUUACGCCCGACUGAAAAUGGACACCUCCUCCAAAGCAAGGGCACAAUAACAGCCCGACGGAUGAGUGAAUUCCAUGCUCCCCAUCACCCAGCUUUUCCUCCUCCUACUUCCCUUCACCAGCCAUAUCCUCCCCACCACCCGCCUCACCAUGUGCUCCAGCCACCCCACUCGGCCUCCAUGACUGCUCUCCACAAUCCCCAUCUCCAUGACGAGCGAGCAGCGUCCAUUCAUGAUCUGAGGUUUGGACGUCCUCCUUCCAAGAACUAUGCGAGUGAACCGGACCUUAGAGGGCCAACCCCUGCGCCAAUUACGCCGCCACAGACCCAACACACAAUCAUCAGUCAGUCGCCAACAAAGGGCAGAAUAAAGUCGAAGAAGAAGUACAAGGCCCCUCCUGCUCCCGCUGAGAAUGUGAUGGACACGCACUCCCUUCCUCGAGGAGCUGAGCGAUCCCACUCCAUAAGUGACAUAGCCAUGCAGGACCAGUGGUCACAAUGGCCUGGACCGAGUUCAAGGCCCAGAGAUGCCCCUCACGAAGCUCAGAAGUCGAAGCCUCGUAAGAUGGGCCUUUUCCGCAAGAAGAACGAAUCCCGUCGCCCAGUACCUGGUGAGGAGCAGAGAAGUUCUGGUGAGGAGCAAGACCGACUGCGAGCAGUGAGUGAGGAGAGACAGUCUGCUGUAUCCCGUUCACCACGACGUUCACCACGCGAAGAGAUCCGUGAACGUGCGCGUAGUCUCGACUGCUUGCAGCAUGAAUUAAGCCACCCCCCUAUGUCCCCUGGAAGGCCAGUAACUGCCACGAGCCUGACACACCUCCACCAUGCACAGGAACAUCGCAUGUGGUCCACACUAGAAAGGGAUUCUCGUCGCCGAUCAAGUUCACAUGAAAUGGAGUCAAGAAAAAGUAGCACACUAGAACGUGAUUCACGGAAAAACAGCGCUAUUGAGAGGGAAUCAAGAAGAAGCAGCACCUUGGAAAGGGACCACCAGAAGAGCCACCGCAGAAUGAGCACGCUGGAACGGAAGCUCGAAGAGAGGAAGCAAUGGGCAGGCGAGGCAUCGACUCCACUGUCUGGAAGAAUGUCCACUCGCCUUGACUCUUAUCGAGAAAAUUCUUCUCAUCGUCGUUCGUCAUCCAGUGGCUCUCAUCAUGAGCUAAUAAAAGAAGAAGUAGAAAACAGGGACAUCAAAGACGAGUGGGACAUGGCAGAAGCUGAAAUGAAGAAGAAAAACAGCAGUACAAAAAUAGAUGAUGAAUGGGAUAAAGCAGAGAGAGAAGUUAUACAGCGCAAGAAGAUGUCAGCAAGUCUUCAAGCUGAACUCAUCAACACUGUAAAGAACCUGAAGAAGACUGCAGAACCUGAGGUCACCGUGUCAACCCUGACAAGGAAGAAUAAGGAAACAGAAAAACGGUCAUCCGGGCCAUCUAGUCGUAACGCCGCUGUGGCUUCUGACCAUAAUACCUCACAGCCAAAAACCUUCUUCUUUGGAAUGGAACCUGAGGUACAACGUGACACGCGAGGUGAAACAAAUACUGGUCUUCACAAGAUCAAAAAUCAGGAAGAAAUGGCUAAGAUUAAGAACCAAGAAGAAGCAGCCAAGACAAAGAAUCAAGAUGAGGUGCGUAUAACUGGCCAGACAGUGGAGUACUCACGCCGUACCCUCGAGCGUGCCGAGAAGAGUCGAAGCCGCAGCCGCAGCGCCCGCAAAGAGAGUCACAAAGCAACUGUUGAUGAAACUGACGCUGGUACCAAACAUCAGAGCCAUGCAGAUCGCCGCAAACUAUCACGUGAUGUUGAAGAAUUUGCGAUUGCAAUUGAAAGGCACAAAAUGUCCCGAACUGAUGGAGAAAGCAGGGCAAGCGGUUCUUCUCGGCGUGAGGACGGGGGCUAUCACUCACGUCAGAACUCUGGCAGUUUGUACCUGGAUCACGAACACAGUGACCAGAUGGAAGGCGAAGUUAGCAUUAACCUCCGCCCUACGCUUCCUCGACGCCAGUACGAGAUUCCCAGAUUCAGUCCUAAUGCUGCUUGGCGCUCUUUAAGCCUUGAGCGAGCUAGCCGCCAGAAGGAACCUCUUAAUGAGAGUCGCAGUAGUGAAGACCCAGAUUCUGUGUACGAGACAAAAAUCCAAAGGUACACUCGGCCAACAGCUCCUCCUCGAGGGUCUGGCGAGAAAUCUGCUGACUCAGGCAUCUCAGGUGAUGCUGGAAGCCCUGGACCUACUCAUGAAUUCGAGCCUCUCAGUCCACCAGAGAAAACCAAGAGCUCGUCUGGACCCCUGGCAGUAUCGUCACCUGUGACUUCAGGACGUCCUGAAGUCAGGAGAGCUUGGACACCUGCACAGGAUCUAGACGAUAAUAGUUUAGAUGGAAGUGGUGAACAGCCUGGAUUACCUCAAGGCCUUUCCACGCCGCCAAAAUUAACAUCACGGUCGAACAUGUUUGGAAAAUCACCAGAAAUAACGACAGAACCAGAAACUGAACCAGACAGUCCCAUAGAGACAGAAGUAAUCCUGGAGCUCAUUAUGUCAGAGAAGAAAGAUAAUUGGCCAAAGUGGAAGAAACGCACUGGAGGAGGAGAGAACAUUCCACAAAAGUUCAACAGCCUCCGGAAACUAAAGCGAUCUGUGUCUGGAGCUAUCGUGGCCCUCGGACGAAAGAGUCCUGGCGGUGAAGACAGUCUUCAGAGGAGCAGGUCUCCCGAAGAUCCUCAGUCGCAGCCUCUCGGCGACGACGUAACGUGGCGCGACAACUGGUCCAUGUCUCGCUCCAUCCCCAAUUCCCUCAACACGUGCGAAGAACAAGACAGCGUCAGCAAUCUCUCAAGUUCUCGAGCCGCUCGCAGCAGGUCCGAGUCUCGCAUUGGCGGAAAUGGUGCUCCCGAUGUUCCGUACGACGAAUCACGAUCGCGAACGCCCUCCUAUCUGCAGCAUGGUGGCGCUGGCCAUAUCAUGUACCUGCCGGAAUACAAUUCUCGUAAGGUACUGCGCGGGGACUCCGGUAAUGAAGACGAGAGCGAUCGACACUACGAUCAUCAUAACAUGCGGCCGCUUUCUCCUGAUAAUGAACGUAAACCACCGUCAGGCGAUGAGGACCCAGCUCUCCCUCCUGAGAGCUAUCACGGGCCCAGCUCCCUGCCGGUCAACAUUCCCGACUCUCACCCACACUUGAAGAAGAGUAAAGGGAAGAAGUUCUCCUACCAGAGCACCGUCAGGAUUCUGGAGAAGAGAAAGUUGGAGGAAAAACUUGCACGCGAAGUCGCCGAGAAGGAAAGGCUGAGACUGAAGGAGAUUGAAGCUAUGAAAAAGGUCGAAGAAGAAUUCCAGAAAAAGAGAGAGCGAGAGAAGAAGAAACUCAAACAGCAACUCAAACUCUUCCACAUGCAGCAACAACAACAGCAACCGCAGAAGCCACAACACAGUCACAACAACUCUUAUUCCAGUGAUGAACAUCCUUCGUCUUCGUAUUCCUCUGACCAGCAAGAGGUGUCAAGUCAAGAUUCCUCAAGACCUCCUCUGCCUCGGUCAUCUCCCCCUCAACAGAGUUACGGGUCUCCGUUCUCUUCCCUUCCUCCGGAGCUCCCCGCCGAGACCUCGCCCGGCCUCCUGUCGGGGAUCAAGAGCUGGGUGAAGGGCCGCCGCGAGAGCCGCUCCUCCUCUACCUCCACCACCACCACUCUCACCUCCGCGCCUCGCCAGGAGCCCGACGGAGCGCCCGCGUCUUCUCCGCGCAAGACGAGUGAUGACUACUCGGGUUCCUCGGCCGCGUCGUCGAGGAAGAACAGCGAGGAUCUGAAGGCGAACCCGAGGGAGGAAUUCCGCGCCGAAAUCAUCGCAGCGUCGAGGAAGCGCAGCGGCGACGCGCGGGUUGCGGGCGUCAUGGGCGGCGGCCACGAGAGCCCCUCCCGCUCCAAGCACAGCAGCAGCGCCCGGAAGUCCGUCUAUAAUCACUUGAACGACGGUGCAGAGCGCGAGUCGCGGCGCUACAAGUACUACCACCACCAGGAGGAGAGCCAGCAGCAGCACCACAGCAGGCACCACCACAGAGAAGGCUCCCGCAGGUCACAAUCACCGGAGAGUCGCCGCCUGACGCAGGAACUUCCCGAAUUCCACCAGGAACGCAGAGAAUAUCGGGAAUACCGUAGUUCCUCGCGCCAUUCCCACUCUCCGCCAGGCCGCAUUCCGAGCAGUCCACCUGUCUCCGUCACGCCCA